AUGGCAAUGGAAUGGAUAACAGCGAUGGACAAGCGUCCUUGUGAUCGUAAUUUAAGAGAUGCUGAACUGAUUUCCUGUCGUUUGAGACGUGUGGAGCCAUUAUGUCGUUUGCCCGGUUCGGCAUUACAGCAGUUGGCCAUGUGCGGCUUUUAUGAAGAUUUGGAGAAAGGUGUGACAUUAUUUCGAGCUGGCGAGCAAGGUCGCUUUUGGUAUGCCGUUCUAGGAGGCUCGCUUGAAGUUCGCUAUCACGCUCCAGAUACUGACGGAAAGGCGCCUGUAACAUUGUGCAACCUCGGGGUGGGCGCUACAUUCGGUGAAUCCAUAUUGCAUGAUCUUCCCCGGGACAGCACUGUCGUCACAAAAACCACCUGCGAACUGCUUCGCGUAGAGCAACAGGAUUUUCGUCUCAUCUGGGAGAAGAAUAAAGAAUUAAUGAAUGAUAUAAUUACCAGCUGCAAAUUGAAGAAUGGAUUCGGUUCCGGUGUAUCACCAGUUGCGUCAUCGCCAACUAAACGCCCAUUAAGUCCAGACCAUCCGAAUCCCGCAUUACCAAUUACCGAGUCACCGAGUCCUAAUAUGAAUCGGAUGGGAUGGGCUUUGCGUAUUCUUCUCGUCGCUGAUAGCUCAAGUUGUCUGAGGGAUAGAAAAGUUGCUGGAAAAUUAAUACGGAAAUGUGCACCUGGCACCGAAUUAGUGGACUGGCUGGUGAAUUUAUCAUCCAUCGUUCACACCCGCGCCCAGGCAGCUGGUAUGUGGCAAGCGCUGCUCGAAGAAGGAGUGCUAUCGCAUGUUAAUAAGGAGCAACCUUUUAAGGAUAAAUGUUUCUUAUAUCGGUUCCGUGUUGACGAGGAGGGCACAGCUGGUGGAUACCCAACUACCGAGGACAUUAAUGCGGCCAAUGACUAUAUCCGCGAGUCGCUCAGCACGCUUUUUCAACGAAGCCCGGAUGCUACACUGCGAAUGAUUUUACGCAAACCAUCUCACGAACGCACUCCUGAAGAAUUGGAAUUGAUAUUUGAGGAGCUCCUUCAUAUCACCGCUCUUUCACACUUGUCGACGAGCAUUAAGCGUGAGCUGUCUUCCAUAAUUGUUUUUGAAUCGCAUGCUCAGGCCGGGACUAUACUAUUUAAUCAGGGCGACGAAGGUCGAUCCUGGUAUAUUUUGCUCAAAGGCUCAGUGGAUGUUGUGAUACAUGGCAAAGGCACUGUGGCAACUCUUAAGACUGGUGAUGAUUUUGGUAAACUCGCUUUAAUAAACGACGCGCCCAGAGCUGCUACGAUUGUCCUGAAGGAAAACAAUUGCCAUCUACUCCGCGUCGAUAAGGAACACUUCAAUCGCAUUUUGCGCGAUGUGGAGGCAAACACUUUGAGGCUACAAGAACAUGGCAAGGAUGUACUAGUGUUGGAGCGAGUGGCCAAGCAGCGCGGACAACAUUCCGCAUUUAAAUAUACGGUCAUGUCGGGAACACCAUCCAAGAUAUUGGAGCAUUUGCUGGAAACUCGUCUUGGCGGUCAAGUCAGCGGUUUGGAUCCCUUUCUGGACGAUUUUUUGCUCACUCACAUUGUUUUCAUGCCGGUUGUGCAACUAGUGGAUGAAUUGGCUAAUUAUUUUCAUUGUGAUUCGAAUGAUGGCUCGCAAACACCCGAGGAUCGGGAGUACAUAAUCAAUUUCAAGAAGCGCGUUGUGCAGUUCAUGCAAAAAUGGGUGAUGGCCGUGCGGCAUGCCGCUUUCGAUGAGCCAAGUGUCUGUGAUUUUAUUGAGGAUUUGGCCGCUGAGAUAGAGGCUGAUUCAGAAUUGAGUGAGGAGACGAGUAUCAUACACAAUGUUUUAACACAAAUGGCCCGCUACCAGGAGGACCGCAACCAAAAUGCCGGACAGAAAUGGAAGCUACCGCCAAAUGGCCAACCCAUUUGCUUAUUCAGUGGCAAUGCCACGCCAUCAAAAACCGUUAUAAGACCUGAUGACGACAUUAUAUUCCGAGUAUAUUGCGCGGACCACACCUAUUGCACAUUACGUUUUCCUUUGCACACCACCGCCGAGCUGAUUAAAGCCUGCGCUGCCGACAAGCUACAGUUAAAUCGAGGACCAGAAGAUCUAAUAUUAGUGGAAGUCAAAUCGAAUGGAGAGCGCUCGGUCUUCAAGGAUAACGAUGUCAGCAUUCCUACUGGCCUUAGUCUGAACGGUCGGCUUUUCGUUUCUGUGAAGGAUCACUUGGAUGCCUUGACACCUCUACCCGAACAAGAGGCUCCAACAGAGGGCAUGGAUGUCGAUUUGGAAAUAUUAAGCACCAAGGAAAUAGCCUACCAAAUAACACUUUUCGAUUGGGAUCUCUUCUGGGCCGUACAUGAGUAUGAACUUCUCUAUCACACAUUUGGGAGGCACCACUUUGGAAAGAUUACCGCCAAUUUGGAUGUAUUUUUGCGCCGCUUCAACGAAUUACAAUACUGGAUUGUAACUGAAAUCGUGUCAACGAGUAGCAUGAGUAAACGUGUCGGCUUGUUGAGAAAAUUCAUCAAACUAGCUGCAUACUGCAAGGAAUAUCAGAAUUUAAAUGCUUUCUUUGCCGUCGUUAUGGGACUCUCAAAUAUGGCAGUUUCACGUUUGAGUCAAACGUGGGACAAAAUUCCUUCAAAAUUUCGAAAACUGUUUCAGGAAUUCGAGGCUCUCAUCGAUCCCAGCCGCAAUCACCGUGCUUACCGUGUCUUUGUUGGCAAACUACAGCCACCUGUUAUACCGUUUAUGCCACUUUUGCUCAAAGACAUGACAUUCGCUCACGAGGGAAACAAAACGAGCUUGGAUGGACUGGUUAAUUUCGAGAAGAUGCAUAUGAUGGCACAGACAAUGCGCACAAUUCGUUUUUGUCGUUCACGUAGUUUGGGCCUUGAGCCACCAUCACCAAAGAGUGAAGCAGAAGUACGCCCCUACAUAAGUUGCCUGCGUGUUAUUGACAAUCAGCGGGUUCUAACGGCUCUGUCACAAAAAAUAGAACCGGCUCGCAAGACCUAAGGACAGGUACAGCAACGCAAUAAGCCAUAAGUUCAAAAGGGCAAAUAUCAAAAGCGUUACUAUUGGAAUAAUUCAGGCAACAUUUAACAUCCUCGUAAGAUUGAGUCAACUAACUAUCCUGGAAAACUCCUUGCCCGAUACAUACAAAUUCAAGCCAAAUUUUUAUUAUCAUCUUAUCUAUAUACACAUGUAUAUGUAUAUGUACAUAUACUUGUAAAUGUACAUACAUACAAGCGUAGACAUAGAUAUUUUAUCGAAUUAUCGAAUUUCAACAUUUUACGCAUUUAAUGCAUUCGACAUAGUUUUCUUGCACUUUUACACACAUUAAUUUCUUAUUUUAUGUAUAAUUUAGAAAAAAAUUUAUUAUUUAUUUAGUCAAUGAUUUUACAUAUACAUACAUAACAACACAAAAAUUAGAAGUGUAUUCAUAUUAUUUACUAUAUGUAUGUAUGUAUAUUAGACUGUGUCAAAUAAAACGACUAAUUUUUAACCGACUUCACA